GCUCCUGCCGUGGUCUUAAAAAAAUGCUCUCCCGCGAUCGUAACGCUUUCUCGGAUAGACGCGGAAAAAUACCGGGGAGCGACACGACUCGUGCUGCCUUCCUUUCCAUUUGGUAGAGCUGGGAAGGUUUUCCCUUAAAUAGCUGCAUUUGGCCGUUUGGAGUCACGGAACGGGAGCCAAAUAACGGGACUGGCUUGUUCCCUCGCCGGCUUUUCCUUGCCUUCUAGAGCGAGGACUGGGGCAGAAGAAACGCAGUGGGGCGAAUAGGAUGAGACCGAGUCUCCCUCAUGCCUGGAAAGGAUUUGUUUCAUUCGCUUUCCCUUUUUAUUGGCGUAUAAUUCGGGAAAUAAAAAGGGCUGGUUGACUUCAUCCACCUUUUUUUUUUUAAGAUUUGGGAGAAGAGAUUAAUAUUCCUUCUCCUAAUAAAAGGAUAUAUAAUGGAGAACAGACUAUACAAAAUGACUUGGACCUCCGGCAAAAAAGAGAGACAAAUGUUUUCUGUGCUUUCGUCUCCACUUUUUGGUGGGAAAAUAUACGUCUAUAAGAUCCUUUGUAUGACUUCCAUUUUAUAACGCCAUGUCUAGUGGCACAUUUUGUAUGAUAAGAUGCAACUUCUUUUUGUCUAACUGAAAAAAAGAUGUUUCUAAACCGAAAGGCUUCUGGGGUAACAGUGAAUGAUGACGUUAUCAAGGUUUUCAAUGAUAUGAAAGUACGGAAAUCUUCAACAUCGGAAGAGAUUAAAAAAAGAAAGAAAGCAGUUCUUUUCUGUUUAAGUGCUGACAAAAAGCAAAUAAUUGUAGAAGAAGCAAAGCAGAUAUUAGUUGGUGACAUUGGUGUCACAGUUGAGGACCCUUAUAUAGCCUUUGUGAAGCUGUUACCUCUGAAUGAUUGCCGAUAUGCUUUGUAUGAUGCAACAUAUGAAACAAAGGAAUCUAAAAAGGAAGAUCUGGUAUUUAUAUUCUGGGCCCCAGAAAAUGCCCCUUUAAAAAGCAAGAUGAUCUAUGCAAGUUCUAAAGAUGCCAUUAAAAAGAAAUUUACAGGUAUUAAGCAUGAAUGGCAGGUAAAUGGUUAUGAAGAUAUUAAAGAUCGUUCAACAUUGGGAGAGAAACUAGGAGGCAAUGUGGUAGUUUCACUUGAAGGAAAACCUUUAUAAAAGGACAGGCAUGUGCCAUCUGGAGCUUCCAUUUUUGCAGCUCAUUCAGUUGGAAUAAUACUAAUUCCUUUUUUGGCCCCAUCUUCCCAGAACCCAAAUACCUAAAGAAGAUAUCAUUAACAGUCUGCAAAUGACCCUUGUUAGACAAUUUUUUAAAUCUGGUAGUUUUAUGUAGAAUCCAUGGAAUGCUUUCCAUAUAUUUUAGCCCAAAGUGCAGGCAUUUCUUGCAAAUGUGUACAAUGAAUGUGAUAGUUGAUGUGGAUAGUCUAGCCAAGCAAAAAGAAAAAGCUUAAGUUAAUUGAUUGCCUUUAAACUCUUGUCCAAUGAUCAAAUGAGACUCUAUUCAGUUUUACUUUACAGUCGCACUUGCAAUUCUAUGAGGCUCUUGUGCAUUCAUACACCUCACAUGCCUUUAUAAGCCUAUUUUUUGUGACAUGGCAGCACAUAACACUAUGCAUUUUAAGCACUUUUUUGUAAUAUGUUUGAUUUCUUCUUCCAUCUCCCUAGAAUGCCAAUUAAUUUAUGGAAUUGUGUCAUCAGUCUCUUGUACCUUGGUCCUCAUUUCUGUUAAAUGAAGUAACUGUAAUUAUGCCUUUUUUGUUUUUGUUUUUCAUGAAGUAUAUGCUACUGAACAGGAGUAGGAAUUGUUUACCAUACAGAUCUUGCAACCUAAAUAUAUUUUGUGAAGCAUCAUUCAUAAUGGCAAUUUCUGUAUAAAGGAACCAUAAAUGAAACUCUGGUUUUGAAAUCAAAUAUCAACUCACCACACUGCAAUAAAACCUGUAGCUUAUUACAGAAUGCCCCUUUGUUUUCAUGGGAAAAUAUACAUACACAAAUAUGUUUAACCAUUUUGUAUCACUCCUAUCGCUCUAGUAUAUAUUCCACUUCAAUCAUGAAUCUAUUACAUUGUGAUUUUGCUUUUACAAUGAUUUGAAUAUGCAACCUUCCCUCUGAAAUCUAUGGUUACUUUAAUAUGUUUCAUUAUUAGGAAACAAUUAUUCCAACAACUUAUUCUGUUUCAGAAACUUACAAUAAAAAUUAUUAGCUAAUCUAGAGUGUUAUUUCACUUUCCCCAGUUUUGUGUUAGUUUAGUAUUUCAUGUUCUACUUUUUGUCUAGUCACAGGGCAGCUGUUUUCCAGUUAAGUUUUGUACAAAUAGGUCUCCAAAGCUUUUGCUGCUAUUAAGUCUUGCGUUUGGCUAAACAUUUGGCUGAAAGCCAGACACUACACUCCAUAUAGAGAAUUUGAUCUGCUCUGUACGAGCAGUCCUCCGUUAGCCAAAGCUAUUUAUGGCCAACACAUGCUUUUGUAUCUUGUCAUCGGUUCUCCACAAAUGGCAAAACUGGACAGGGUUCUAUUGGUAUGCAUAAAGGAACUUUGUUAGGCAGCCAGUCGCUGUUGAAGUGUGCAUACCACCAGAAGGGAUGUAUUCAUCAAAGGACAAAAAUUUAAAACAGUUGCAAUUUCUUAACAGAAGAUGCCAGAGAAUACAAAUAAAUUUUAUUCAGAUUUAUAAUUGUUUUAAGAGCCUUUGAAGGAAGAAAUAAAAUAAGUGGGUGACAAAUAUUGCUCAGUUCUACAGAUUGUUACUGUGGAACUCAGACUAUUUCAAGCUUUCAGCUGUCUCCAGCUUAUUGCCAGUGAAAUGUAUAUCUUUUAGAGUACUGUCUGAACUUCAUGGUAGCAUUCAAACUAUGCAUGCUAUUGCUAGAUUGUAACAGUUUUGUAGCAAAAAGAAUCUUAAAUUAUUUAUAGGAGGCUUUAAUAACAAUUAGGUUUAUGAAACAUUUCUUGGAUAUAUUAUGAUGUGCACUUAAAAAAUUCUGGCUAGUAUAAAAAUCUACUUUUGUUCAGUCCUUACCUAGAUCUGCAAUUUCAAAUGUUUUAAAAUGAGUGUUAAUUAAAAAAAAAAACUACCAUAUUUUCCGGUGUAUAAGAUGACUUUCUAAACCAUGAAAAUCUUCUCAAAAGUCAGGGGUCAUCUUAUAAGCCAGAAAAUACGGUAUCUAGAUUACGAUGUUUAUCCCAUAUCCAAUUAAAAUACUAUUUUUAAUUCAUGGAAUCUUCUACAAAUAAUAUACUGCUAUUUGCGUAUUAUGUUAAACGGAUCUCUUGACUCUUCAGAACUGAAUAUCAAAGAGAACAUAAACAUUUGACUCAAACUAUGCAUUCACUUAAAAGUUCACAUCAGUUUAUGUAAAACCAGAAUUGAUUUAUGUGUAUCCAGUAUGAAACUCUCCAUAAUUCAAAUUUUGUUUACAACUGAAAAACAGUACUGAGAUUGAUUUCAGUGCUAUAACUUGCUUUUUGAAAUGCUGCUACCAAUCUACUGCUUGGAGAAUAAAACAAAUGAAAGACAGCUGGCACGUGUUCCCCAGGGUUCAUCAGCUGUUGUUUUCUGUCAUGCAAAAAGAUGAAGGCUUCAUUGUGACUUAAAAAUUGAAGAAAACUUUACAAUCCGAGCAUCUUGCAUGCUUCCCAUCUCUGGUGGGCAUUAGGAAUUUGCUUCAAUUAUUUUACAAAUAAAGAAAUGUUAAAUAAAAAUUUUCAUGACUGUACUGAAAA